AUGGACGCAGAUGCACUUUUGUGCAAUAUCUGUCCCAAACGUCCCUCCUUCAGCGAUGUCUCCCACUUAUUGACUCACGUCUCCUCGAAGGCCCACUUGUCUAAUUACUUCAAGCUCCAGAUACGCAGUCAACAGGAACAGCAGGCCGCGGAAUUGUUGGACGACUAUGACUUGUGGUACAAAGAAAAUAACCUCCCCAAGUUACUCUCUGAUCGGAUGGCCUUGAAGGAAGCCCGCAAGAAGAAGGCACAAGGGAAGAAUGGCAAAAGUCAUCCAGUUAAGAAAAAGGCCAAGUCCCAAGCUGCAGCUAGCCCGAAGAACCCGGAUUCCCCUGCUCAUCCGCCAUUGCCUACCGUACUUGACCCUCGUCUGUCGAACCCGUUUAUGACCACAAGCAAUACUGCUACCAACGAGGAUAAUAUGCUCUAUGCAGGCUACACCCGGCCGGCUACGCCUCUGAAUCAUGUUUCCCAUGCCCAUCCGUUACCGGUGACGCCCCCAAGACCUAUCCCCACGCCGUGGAAACAGGAAUGCGAGUCUGAACCCGAUGACGACAGCGGGGUGUUCUUGCAAAGCAUACCAGCUUGGGAUAUGAGAUUUCACGGUAGCAUGGACACCAGCUUUUCUCUAUUGCGUCGAUCUGUUAGCUAUGACCCUUUCGUUGAAGACGACGAUUGUUUCGAUUCUCCGCGUACCACCGAGGCAGAAAGGGAGAGGGCAGAUGAGAUCACGAGGUUGAAGGGUGUUUUAUGGCCCGGGAUGGAUAUCUUCGACUCUGCCACAGAGCCGAUGAAACGCAAGCGAAACCAGAAGAAAGACGAGAGCGUUUUGAGGAGGAUGGAAAAAACCUCGAUGGGAGUGCAACCGACGGAGCUUGUCUUCUCUCCCACAGGUAUACUGCGGAAGCAACGUGUGAUAUCAGGAGAUGUGGAUGACGGCAGCCCUCUCCCUGGGGAGACUCCGAUUCCCAAACGUGUUCCUCGCCCAAAGCGGGUCCUUUCUGAGACUGAUCCCAACACCCACCGUGUCCAGACUAGAAAACGGUCUAAGAAGUCUACCGAGAAUGGCUCUAGCAAGAAAGCCCGAGUACAGCCUCGACGAAGUACUCGUGUUCUCAAACCCAGCGCCCCUCGGUUUCUCAUGUUUCGUGGUGUCGACCAUCGCCCAUCGCGCAGGGUCGAUGAUGAUGACGAUUUCGAAUUGACCCUCAGAAAGCAGGGACCGAAGCCUCGCAGGGGGUUUUCGGUUUUCCUGGAUGAACCGAGCAAUCACGAUAUGAGUGCCCAGGAACCUGAUCAGCCUGAACCGGGGCCUGAGAUUUCCGUCGUCUCUCGUGGGAAUGAUCUACUCUCGGAUUCCCUUCAAUCAACUUCUAGCGCUCAUGGUACGAACCUCAUGCAAGGACCCGGUAGCACUUCUACAGGCAAGGGGGACAUCGAGCCACUUUUGGAUGUGUCUGAGAGUCUUGACAGUCCUUUUGAUUGGGAUUCCCCCAACUCAAACCAGCACUAUACUAGUGACGCUGCGUUUCCGCCGCAGUAUUUCUUUGGUGAUGAGCCACGGGUCGGACUCGGUCUGUUUGACGAUCACGACCAGAUGCCAACUCUAUUGGCGGCCUCAUUGCCGAAAAUGCCCGAUGAAGAUCAUAUAUAUCCCAUGGGUACCCAGUCUAGCAACUACAAGGAACCGUCUGUGUUUCGUGAUCUCUCACCCAACGCAACUAUCUCUGACAUGGAGGAAGAAGAGUUUGAACAAUUCUGUUUGAACGGAUGCCCUUCAUCAUAGGCGAUCCUUGCUUACUAUGCACCCCCACGACUAUUCCGCUAUACUUCUUGUAUCAUUCGCAACGUGAAAACAAUGGCGCAGGAGCUAAGGCAUUUGUAUUUGGACUUUUUUGACUGAUCAACGGCAUUGAACUUGAGCAUAUAGCAUUAGCAUGUUUUAUUAUACCCACAUCGGAGAGAGCAUUGAGAUUACCCAUUUUGUUUUAGCAGCUUCAUUAUAAUUAGCAUAUUGACAAUACGAAUGCAGG